UGGUUACCUGAUUACCUCUCUGAAAGAUCCAAUACUGUUUAUGUUUUAUUUUUUCACACAAUGAAAAUGUUGUAUAUUUUGUUUAUUACUUUUUCUUGGAUGAUACACGGACAGUAUGCUACUAACGACACUACAUGUGGAACAACUUGUCUCAGUGGACCACUUGGUUGUUCUGGAAGAGUAGCAAUCAAUCCUUCUUGUUCCUGUAGUCAUUGUGCAAAGUCAAUUUGGCAACCCUGCGGAGGAAAAAACUGGGAACUUGGGUACUGUGAGAAAGAGCAAAAAUGUGCAAAUAUCACUGGAGAGGUUCUGGUUGAAAUUCCAAUGAUUGGAAUUUGCAAAUAUAUGAGACAUUAUACCGCCUAUAAAGAAUUUUGGGAAGAUGAAGAUGAACAAUGUCCGGAACAAUCAGGAUGUGAAAUGCACACGGGUGUUUGUGACUGUAUCACAAUAAGGACAUGCUUUCCAGAAUUUAGCUACAGCUCUUAUGAAACAUGCAAACCAUAUCAGGCUCAUUUGAUAGAUUAUUAUUAUGCUGAAGGUUAUACUUACGAACAUCCCAAGCCUGUCUGCUAUAGCCACGGAUGUGACAUUAUAGAUGACAAGUGUAUAUGUGAAACAAAUGGACCAUGCGGACGUAAAUAUGAAUUUGAAAAUCGAAACAAAUGCAAUACAGCACUAGUUGAGAAGAUUUGUAGCAAUGUUACCUGUCCGGAAGUAGAACAACUGACAUGCCCUGCUGACUCUGUGGCUAGCAAGCCCCAUACACCCCCUGGAGAAUGCUGUCCCAGCAUACCUAGCUUCUGCACCUGUAAUUUUGAGAAGUGCAACAAUACGUGUCCAAGGAGAAAAAGGAAAAUAAUGAUACAACCAACAAAUGGAGUCCCAGGAAACUGCUGUGACAAGUUCUUGUGUUUACAUUGAAAAUCAAUAAUCUUCCAAUCAUUUUUUAAAAUAUUUUUUUUGUUUUACAAUAAUUGUAAAUCUAAAAACAGAUAAUUGCCUCUCAUUUUAGUAUGUCUCUUUAUUCAUUCUUUUCUCUAACUCUUUUUAAAUAUGAAUCCAUCUACUUAUCAAAAUUCUAAACAAAUUCUGAGUAAAAACAUUAAACUGAUGCAGAAGUGUAUCAGCCAAUCUGAAAAAGCAAUAACAAAUUAAAUUAAAGGUAUUUGAGGUGUAAAAGAGAUUUCGGAUAAUCCU